CCUUGGCCCAAGAGGCCCCCAGGAAGCCCCAAGAGGCUCCCAAGAGGCUCCGUAGCCAUUUUGGCUCAAGUUCAGGCUCAAAGUUGCCACGAGGGGACCCAUCGCUAUCCCGUGUCUACCCAACAUCGUGGAUCGGGAAGGCUUCAAGGCAUCAUGACCACCAUUGACGAGUAUCAGAUGGAACGUCCGAUGGAACUUUUCAAAGGCCUCAUGACCAUCAUGGAGGAGAAGAUCGACGUUCUGGAAAAGAAGGUCAUCCAGCUUACCUUCGAAGUUGACAACCUCAAGAAGGAGAAGGUCGACAAGUUCUCGCUGCAGCAUGUGGAACACUUUCGCGAGGCCACCGACAAGUAUGGCUUGACAACCAGCCUCGCGGCCAAGUGUGCACACUUUGAGAUCAUGGAAGGUAAAUUGACCAAGCUCUUUACUGACUUCGAGGCGAAGCUCGUGGCUAAUGCGGCUGAGCAGUUGAAGCUCUUGAACGACAGUGGACUUGCGUUCGCCCUCCAGAAGACUUCUUUCGAGAAUGACUUCGAAAAGGCGAUCCAUGACCGUACAAUCGAAGCCCUUGCCCGUUUCUCCGCACAGACAAACCUUGAGACCACAGUAAAUGAGCAGGCAAAUGCGUUUAUGCGGCGUGUUCAGGGGGAGCUCGAGACCACGCUAAAUGAGCGUAUGAGGCGCCCCUUUAUCAUCGAGAAUGUGAAAACUCAGCGUAGUUUGUUCACUCAUGUUGACCCAGAUUGCGACCGCAAUGGGGGCAAGAACGGCUUUGGAGCCGUCAAGCAGAAGAAGUGGAAAAACAACCCAGAUCAGCAGUGGAGGCUCAUCCCAGCUCGUCGGGUGCAGUUCGCAUGGUGAGACGGGGUCUUAGGUUUCGUUGGUUUUGUACUAUUCCACAACAGAGCAUCCUGGCACCCGUUAAAGGGAUGCGGUUAAGUAGCAGAAGGAAAAA